AUUCUACCUCUUAUAAUGUCUUUUUCAGUAUGACCGUGUUGUUCUUCACACUGUCCGGCCUUGAUCUGUUAAACGCACUGGAUGAGAUAGAUGAUGCAGAGAGAAAGCAUAUCAUUGACUGGAUAUAUUCCUUACAAAUAUUACCAGAAGAUAAAGACCAAAUGUCAAGAGCAGGAUUUCGCGGCGGUUCGUCCCUUGCCAGCUGUAGGUCAUCAAACAAGUACCUCUCGAACAUUUCCUCCUUUGACUGUGGUCACAUCACCAUGACCUACACAGCGCUAGCAUCCCUAGUCAUCCUUGGUGAUGACCUGAGUCGGGUUAACAGGGAAGCUCUCCUCGCACAUGUUGCAGCUCUGCAGUGUGAGGAUGGCAGCUUUUUCUCAACUUUGGGUGGAAGUGAAAAUGACAUGCGAUUUAUGUACUGUGCUGCCACAAUCUGCUAUAUUCUACAGGAUUUUUCUGCUAUCAAUAUAGAUGCUGCCGUAAAGUACAUAGUUAAUAGCAUGAGUUACGAAGGUGCUAUGGGUCAAGGUAUUUACCUAGAGUCACAUGGUGGAAGCAGUUAUUGUGCAGUAGCAACAUUGCAACUCAUGGGAAAACUAGAUUCAGCUCUUUCCAACACUCAGCGUCAGAGAUUAGUCAGGUGGUUAGUUAGCCGUUUGACCGAAGGAGGCUUUCAAGGUCGGCCGAACAAGCGAGCAGAUACCUGUUACACUUUUUGGAUAGGAGCUUCACUUAAGUUGCUUGGGUGCUUGGACCUCCUAGACAUCAGCGCACUGAGGCAGUUUGUACUCUCAACACAAGAUCCAAUUACAGGCGGACUAGCCAAAUACCCCGACACUCCCCCCGAUGGCCUGCACACCUACCUUGGCAUUAGUGGAUUAGCACUUCUUGAACAAGAUGAACUUCGGACCAUAGACCCAGCACUGAACAUCACCCAGAGAGCUCUAAAACACUUACAUACUUUGCACAAAAAUAAUCUUCAAAAUUCUGAUCCCUCUAUUAAGUGUUGAUAAGUAUUUUUAUAUUUUUCCCCAUGUCUUUAGUCUUUUGCAUUACUAGAGAAAUUUAAAUGAAUUACUAUUUAAAUAGAGGCAGAUGAUUAUAGAUAAUAUAUAUAUACACUUGUAUACAUAUAUAUAUGUAUAUACUUUGUGGGUAUAUAUAUAUACAAGGUCAGUCCAGAAAGAAACCAAACUUAGGGGAAAAUAUUUAUUGCUUUGCCUGCUUCUGAUUAGUCCCUUAAGUGUUGAUAUACUGCGUCCAUUUUUUCCAGUUCUGGAGCACUUUAUGAAGGCUUCAGCUCAGGUCUUUUACAGUUUUUCUUGUAUCUCUUUCAUUGUCUGAAAUCAGCCAUUAGGACCUUUAUCCCGAGUAAGGAUUGGCACAUGAGCAAAUGCAUUGUCAAGUUUUUUGUUUGUUUGUUUGUCAGAGACCAAGUGAAAAUCCUUAUGAACCAUAUGUUCCAAAAAUUCCCAAAGAUGAAAAGACAAACACUAUCCCACUAAAAGUACUCUUUGUAAGGAAAUAAUAUUUUUUGCAUCUACAUUUUUUAAGUUCAGUUUCUUUUUAGAAUGACCUUGCAUAAUUAUGCUUAGUGAUGGUUUUAGUAAUUCAGAUUUGUAGAUGGACUCAAACUAUUUAAGGACUGUAUAUAAUGUAAAUGUCUAUGGAUGGUUGUGAGAUGUUACACUUCUUUAUCUUCUUGAAUAUUUUAUGGUUAUUAUUCACUAUCAACAGCAUUUUGGUCAUUAAUAUUGAUUAUUACUCUUACAAUUAUGAAUGUGCUUCUGUUAUUAUUAUUAUUAUUAUUAUCAUUAUUAUUGCUCUUAUUAUAACUAUUAGUAUGACUGUUAUCUACCAUACAAUUACUCAUUUUUUGCCAUUUUUUACUUACUUUUUCUUACUUUCUUACUUUAUUUUCAUAUUGUGAUCAGAGAGUGUGAAUGUGUCCGUAUAUGUGCACACGUUUUGAUAUUUGCUUGCAACAUAUUUAGUACAGAACAUCAGUAAAAGGCCCAAAGGAACUUAACUGCUUGCAUUUGAUGAUGAUUCUGUAGGCAUAAUGACAGUAAGUCCAUUUUUCCCUUUGCCCCAAUCCUGUCAAUGUGCUAGAUGUUGGUUCAGGUACGACAGCCUCCACCUUAAGCCAGAGUAUCAGCAUGGAGGGGUGGUUGUUCCAGGAGGUUUUCCCAUGAAAUUUUAUGAAAACCAUCAUUUCCCUGAAUUAAUUGCAGAAUCCUGACAUCCUUUUCGGGAGGAAACUUGUAGGCAAAGUUUUGAAGUCGUUAUUAUACUAUAACAGUGUGGGUGGUAUUUACCAUAAGAGUAAGAGAAUAUAAUAAAGAUGGAAGAUAUUCUCAUGGUCAACAUCACCAUAAAUAAUGACACAUGUCAGACCAGUCAAUUUGAAACCUAUGUAUAUAACUUUU